UUGUUUCCUUUCACGGUAACCGCUAGUUUUUUUUAUUCUUUCACCUAUUGAGUGGACUUUGAUAUCGCUAUCAGGUCGUUUCCUGAAUUUAUCAGAAACUUUGUUUUAAUGUUCCAUUUUGUUAUUCGAGUGUUUAGUUUGAAAUAAUACGGAUGGAUAACGAUAUUUAUCGGCAGUUAAACAGGCUGGAAGAGGAGUUUAAUGAUAUUCUCAAUUACAGGGAUAGUGUUUCUUCUAAUAACAGAGUCUGUAGUUAUUCUGGAAAUAAAAAGGAAUGGGAGGACUACUGGGCUUGCGAGCAAUCCAUCGCUAGUGCCCGAGCAAGUGUGAUGGUUUACGAUGAUGUUAACAAAAAAUGGGUUCCAUCGGGCACGUCGUCGGGUCUUUCCAAGGUGCACAUUUAUCAGCACACGGUACAUCAGACGUUUCGAGUGGUCGGUAGGAAACUUCAAGAUCAUGAGGUCGUUAUUAACUGCGCCAUUUUGAAAGGGCUCAAAUACAACCAAGCCACAUCGACAUUUCAUCAGUGGCGAGACAAUAAGCAAGUCUACGGAUUAAAUUUUAGCUCUAAAGAAGACGCGGAUUGUUUCGCUAGAGCUAUGUUCCAUUCAUUAGAAGUACUUAGUAACAUAGUUAGGCAACCAGCACCGCCACCUCAAUACGUUCCACCAACGCAACAAAUUCAACAGCAACAACAACCGCAACAAUCAUCUCAACUUCAAGUGCAACAACAACAACCCCCUCAACCACCUCAAAUGCCACAACAGCAACAAUACGACGAAGAUAUGGGAUAUCGUACGAUGACUCGAGAAGACGUCGCUAUACUACAAGAAAGAAGGAUAUCAUCGAAUUUAAUGUCGCCUCAACAAACUUCCCCGAUGACACCGCAAAUUAAUAACGUGCCUGUACCGCCCGCCAUGCCAAUGGGCGCACCGAGUCCUGUGUCGCCGCCCCAACAAAACGUUCCAGUAGGCGUUAAUCAAACAGGACACCAGCGGACGGUAAGCGCUCCUCCGGCACCACCUCCGCCUCCGGGACCACCAGCACCUCCGGCCGCAGCAGCGGCACCGCCGCCGCCUCCUCCACCUCCCAUGAAUAUGUCGAGGUCACAAAGUAGCGACGGCGGUGAGGUCAAUUCGUUAGCUGCGCAGUUACAAAAUGCCAGGCUCAAAAGAAACAGUAAGAAUACUCCUCCACCGACUGAAAACAGUGGAUCAUCUACUAGUAGCGGAGGUAGCAGUAAUUAUGGAACGUUAGGAAGAGGAGGAGGUGGCAGUAUGGCUUCUAUGAUGGAUGAAAUGGCAAAAACUUUAGCUAGGAGAAGAGCUGCUGUGGAGAAAAAGGUGCCAGAUAACGUAGAAGACGAGAAAAAAGCCGCGAUUUGGGAAAAAACUAACACGUUACCGAGUAACACUUCUAAAUUUAAUUCGGAGUCACCGAAAGGUGUCAGAAAGAGAUUUGGUUCAGCUUCUGAAGAAACAAUAUUGAAAGUUAAUGGCCUAUCUGAAGUUGGGGGGUUGUCUGUCGGUCCCACCGAAAUGGAGAGCCUCAAAAAUGAGAUAGUGAAAGAAGUCAAAAAAGAAAUUGCGAAAAUGAAACAAGAAAUAUUAGACGCAAUCAAAUCAGAACUGAACAGGAGGUAAUUUAUGUGCUACCUUCGAUAAUUAUUGAAUCUUUUUGUAUAAUUUUUACACACGAACCAGACUAAAAAUGAAACGACAAUUUCUAACGUUUAAGAUAUAAGUAAUAAUAAUCUCGAUUUUUUAACGUAUAAAAAAACUUGUAUGUUCUGUUUUUUUUUGUUUUCAAAGUGAGUUAUGGAAAAAAAGUAUUCGCUGUCGUAUAUAAAAAUCGGCUGUUCUGUACAUUUUUAUAUAGUAAUUUUUUUUCAAUUUACGGGAUUCUAAACUGUAGAUACCCCUCAACUAAUAUAAUAGGCUAUACAAAAAAAUUAUCUCGUUUCUAUAAGUAACGCUAGUCAAGAUGCUUCUCCAGGAAACUUCCCCACUACCUCCAAGAUUUUUUUAGUCUUCCCCAUGGUCUUCUGACAGAUACAAAAUUAUUUUUAUCAAUUGAUAUUUUAUUUUAAAUAUUUAAUAAUUGUAGUGUUUUAAACAUCAUUUUUUUUUUGGAAACUUUUUGUGUUGAGUUGGGAGUAUCUCGAAAUGAAAAGAAGCGCGUACAGGAUGGCUGAAAAGUUUUUCAUUAAAAUUGCUAGAUGGAUGUGAGAAGAAUAGAGCACUUUUUUAUAUUGAAAUAAUAAUUUUUAACAUAGUAUUUAUUUUACUAUUAUAUAAUUUAUAUUAUUGAAUAUUUAAAAUGUUUUUAGUGAUUCCUAUGUUGCGCAGUCGAAGUGAGGGAUCAUUUUAUUUAUUUUUUUCAAAUCGAAUUUUUAGGUUUUUGGAAUACAAUUAUAAUAGGAAUAAAUGCUUAGCAGUAUUUUCAAAUUUUAAUACUUUCAGAUAACAUUUUUUAGAUUUUGAACCUACCACAAUCUACAGUUUAGUUCCUUCUUUUCAUUACCUUGUAUCGACUUAUUAACCCCGUCUUCUUUAUUUUUCCAUCUUCCUCAUUUUCUCUAUUCUCCCUAGUUCCAUUAUCGAAUACUUUCUUUGUCUCCACUUUUGUUUUCUAAAGAUCUAUUACUUUUUGUGUUUCCUACCGAUCUUAAUAGUGGUUUUUUUCCUUGGUAGUUCAAAUAUUCCUUAUUUCCUCUUUUUUACCUCAGUUCCAUUAUUUAGUCUUCAGUGUCUUUCUAUGUCUCCCCGUCUGUUUUUUAAAUCUGUUACUUCUUGGUAGUUCAAAUGACCUUUCACCAACAUUUUAAAGAAUGAUUAAUCAAGAACUUAAAUAAUUGAUAAAAAAAUUUUGAUAAUGACCAUUUCCAUGAUAUUCAGAUGUUAACAUUGAUUUUAAUGUUCUGUAGUUUUUAUAUUAACCUUCAUAAUCUUAUUUUACUUUAUAUACCCUGUGGUAGACUUACGGUUUUAUUCAUUUUUUCUAGUCUUAUCUAAAUACUGGUUUAACACUGUCGUCAAAUUUUAGUAUAGCCAAAAAACAUUUUCUAGAUCUUGUAUCUCAAAUUAACUACCACAAUUUACAGCUCGGUUUCUUCUUCUCCUUUCAAUUUCCAUGUACCAACUUCUCUAUUUACUUCAUUUUACACUCAGUUCCAUUAUUUAGUCUAUCGGUUUGUUUUUCUAAAAAUCUAGUACUUUUUUUUCUCUCUUUAUAGUCAAUUAUUAUCUUUUAGUAGUUCAAAUAACCUUCCACCAACAUAUUAAGGAAUAAUUAAUCAAGAACUUGAAUACUUGAACAGUUUUUUAUGUCUUCUAAAAUUUGCCCCGCAUAAAUUUCUUCUAGUAUUGUCUAAGAUACAGUUUAUAACGACUAAGUUAAACGCUACUUUCAAAUCAAUAAAUACCUGAUUAUUUAAUUGUGAAAAAUAUAGUUUUCAUAUCAACAUGAAACUUUAUCAAAAAUUUUUUCAUACUAUCCCAUUUUCAACAAUUAUUUUAAUAUACAAUUUUCAAUAAAUAAUCCCCUGUAUACAUAAAAUAAGUAUUUUUUUUUUCGUUGUUUCAUUAGUUUUUUUGUUCUGGUACCAUUUUUUGAUCUACUGCUGGCUUAUACUUAACGAUUUCAUUAUAUUCUUGCAGUAGUUCAAAUGUACCUUCCACUAAUUUAGAUAUGAACAAGAACUACUAAAAAAAUCGUGAAUAUUAGGGAAUAAAUGGUUCCAAAAACCUAAAAAAUGCAAAUAAAAAUCACUAAAAUAAAAACAAUCAACUUUUAUCUACUACAGUAUUAUAAUUAAGUAUCGUAAUCUUUUAUAAAAGAAAUUGACAACAUGAUGAAGACUGAAGUAACGUUUAUGAAAUUUUUAUACUGCCUUUCAAACCUUGUCUUGACUUUAUGCAUGGAUGAAUAGAAAAAAAUUCAAAAAUAUUUUAAAAAACAUCUUAUAGGCACAUUAAAAAAUUAACUACAACUACUUUGACCAAAAUAGAUGUCAGAAUCAGCUAAAAAAUAUUAUAAACUUGUUUAUUACCAACAAAUAAGAUAUGCAGUGUUUAAAAUAUGAUUGUAUUGAUUUUCUCUAUUCAUCCAAGUUCCCUGCACAAAUUUUAAGGAUUAAUUUAUGUAUUAAAUUUGAAAAAUUAUAUUCCCAUAUCUUGUACUGCGUAACGCUUGUAUAUAAUAUUAGACUAAGGACUUCCAUUGAUGAUUUUUAUUCAGAGUUUUGACGAAAGCUGAUCAUUAAAUCGUUUUCAAUAUUAAUUUUGUUUUUGUACAAAAGAUUCUUUUUGUGUUUCCUUAAAAUUCUAUUCGUAUUCUUUUUAUCAAAAUAUUUCAUCUUAUAUUCAAUAAUUCUAACAAAAAUUCCAUAGCUUAAGUUUGUCGAAUGUAUUUUUAUUAUAAUCUGUAUUUCUUCAUUUUUCUUCCCAAUACAUUCCUUCAACAUUUUUCAAUCAACUUGUUAUAUACAAAAAAUUCGCAACAUCAAAUUUUGUUGAUUGAACUGUGAUACAUUUAAACUACUUUUGGUUCCGUCCUUAAUAAAUUGAUUCAUGGAAUUAAUGAAAAGUUCUUUUGGCUUUUCCUGUUCGGUUAAACAGUUUCUUGUGUUGUCUUCGUACCUCAUCCUUUUCUUCUCAGGUAUUUAUUUUCUAUUGCUUAGAUGCCAAAGUUUCUACUAGGUAUAUAAUAUUCAUUAUUAUUAUUAUUAGGUUUCCAUUUUCUCAUCAACAUUUAAUAUUCGUUAAUUUAUUAUUCUCUAACAGUAGUUCAAAUGUACCUUUCAUAAAUGUGAACAUAGUGAAGUACCAUUAAUCAAAAACUUGAAUAUUAAGAAAUAAAUUGAUCCAGGUCCCUAAAACAUUCAUAUAAUGAAGUACCAUUGCUCAAAAAUUUUAAUAUUGGGAAGUUUUAGGUUCGAGGAACCUAAAAAAUUUAAAUAAUGAAGUAUGAUUUAUCAAAAACUUGGAUAUUGAGAGAUAAAUUGAUCCAGGAACCUAAAACAUUCAUAUUUUGAAGUAUCAUGGAUCCAAAACUUCAGUAUUGAUAAUUAAAUUGAUCCAUAUACCUGAAACAUUCAUAUACUGAAGUGUAAUGGAUCCAAAACUUCAGUAUUGAUAAUUAAAUUGAUGCAGCCACCUUAAACAUUCAUGUACUGAAGUACCAUUCAUCAAAAAUUUGAAUAUUGGAAAGUAAAUUGAUCCAGGAACCUGAAACAUCUAAAUAAUGAUAUUUUUAUAUGCUGAGUUGUUCAUUGUCUUUUAUGUUCUUGAGACUAUUUUGCCCAGGAUAACUAUAAACUUCUCUGAUGCUAAGUCUGGAAUUUCUAUUUUAGCGCUUACCGUCUUAUUUUAGUUUCAUAUAGCAUAUAUUGUUAAUUUUUCUUCUUCCAACCUAUGUCAAAGGCCUAUUUCAAAUCAAAAGUACAAGGAAAUAUAAAUAUACAAAAUCUAAGUGGUUUAGAGGUCAAUACAGAAUCUAUUCUCACAAACUUCCAAUUUAUUAUUCCAUUUCCAAUACUUGUUUUUAUACCCAACUUUGAUAGCUGAAAUUGGUGUAUGUAUUCUUAUUACAACAAAUUUCUCUGCUUUCUAUCAUUAAGUUAGUUUCCUUUGAUAUUUUGAUAACGAAACAAUUCCCAGCUUAAAAUUUUCUAUUAAACUGUAGUACAUUUGAACUACUUUUGGUUCUUUUAUUAACAAAUUAAUUAAAAAUUUAUGUUGUGUUGAAUAAAUAUAGUGAAAUGUUAAUUUUUUCACUUGGGUAAUAAUGAUCAGCUCAAUAUGUUUGUGUUUUGGUUAAUAUAUAUAUUGAAGUUGCUCCGUUGGGUAUAUACAUACCUGUAUUAAAAAAGAAAGGAAAGAAGGCGCCGUGUAUAUUGUAGAUUUCAUUAGAAGCUUGAUAGAGUAGCGUAAAUCAUAUAAUACAUCGAAAAAUCAAUGUGAACCAGACUUUUCAACAAGUUUUUUUAUUGUUUCAUCAUAUACAUAUAUACAAUCAGUACGAAAAACAAGUAUUGGCACUUCUUCAUGUUGUUUAUCUGUGCCAAAGAAUCUAUCGAAAAAACAAAUUAAAAUGAUUACUAAUCCUCAUCUAGAAUCUAAUUUAUGUAUUUUUUAGUGAUAUGUGGUGACCUGGAAUUUUUUUUGUUGAAAAUUUUGGUUCUUUCAUCAAAUUGUUACGUUUACUUGAAGACAAUUUCGAAACGGGAGCGAUUUGUAUAAAAACGGAUAUAAUCAAUUUUUAAAAGAUUAAUUAUAACUUUGUGAUAUUGUAUUAAUAUACUGCGUUUAUUUUUAUUGUAAAUUUUUUAUUAUAAUCACUUUAUAUUCGUAUGUCAUGUAUUCCAAUUCUUGAAGCAACCGUAUUUACCUUACAUCAAAAAAAUAUAUGAAAAUCUUAUUAGAUUUUCGAAAUUCAAUUAAUAAGUAAUUCACCGGAAGCACCUCAUAUGUGCCCAAAAAAUAACUAUAGAAAUUGAAAAAAUUUCAGUAUUAAUAUCGUUUGGUGCAACACAAAAAUUUAUCUCCCGGGUAUUAUUUAUUAAAACAUAUCUAAUAUUUCAAAUGUGUCAAGAAUUAAUCCAUUAAUCACCUAAUUAUAAUAUAUUUUUACAUACCCUUAAUCGAUGAAUAUAUUUUUCUGUAUUAAAUGAGAAACGUAAAACUUUUCUUCAAAAAUGGGACAUGCCGUAUAUAUUUUAGUUGAUUUAUUUUUGUAUGUGAUCUCGAUUUAUUCAAAAUUAACGUUUCCAAAGUUUUUCGUUCAAAAGUGGUUUUUCUUGAUUAACUUUUUCGUUGUAAAUUACAAAGUGUAUUUGAAAUAAACAUAUACAAAUUA